GCAGCGCAGCCCUCCGCGGACGCCCCCGCCUGGGGGCCGCGGAUAGCGGAGGGUCCGCUGGGUCGCGGGCCAGACGCCGGGAGUUGCAGGCCCCCAGGUGGCUGCCGGGGCCGGCCGCCCUGCUGCCCCCCGUUCCCCGCAGGAGUAGCGCAGGCGGAGCGGCCUGGCCCGGGACGGUACCCAGGCACCGCACCCCAGACGCCCUGCAGUUCCGGCGGGGUCCCGGGCGGCGGGUAGUGCUGGGCGCCCUCGGCCCCGCUCCUCGCUCCCCAGCCCGCGCGCAGCCUGCGGCCCCUCCCCUAGCUCCCCCAGCUCGGGCGGCGGGCCAGGCCACCCCGCACGCUGCUCCCGGACGGAGGAUCCGGCCCGCCGCUCGGCGUGGCCCGAUGGGCAAACUGCCCCGCUCCUCCGGACCCAGGUUCCGACCCGGCCGCUCGGCGUGGCCCGGUGGGCAAACUGGCCCGCUGGUCCAGCCUGCGGUUGAGGUGGAAGCCGCACCCGGCCGAGCGCGAACACGCAAGUCUGUCCCCCCGCCCUCGCAAAGGCGCGUCGCAAACGUCCCAGACGCCAGAGUGGCGCGAAUGCAGCCCCCGUUCAGAGAAGCGCGCGGCGGCCGGGCUCGGUCCGCCGUUGGCCCGGUGCCGGUCCCGUCGCCGCGUCCCGCUCGCAGCUGGCUCGGGCGGCCACGAGGCGGGCACAGCUGGUUGUGCUCCCGGGCAGGCGCUGCGACCCGCCGGGCGUCAGGCUGCACUUCGCGGCCUGCGCUGCCCGGGUGGAGGUCGCUGCCGCAGGCGCGGGUCCCGGGCGACACUCCCACCCAGAAAACUGCGCUGCGUCCGCGGGCCCCCGCGGGAAGCACCCGAGUCGCGGGGACAAGCGGCACGUGAUUCACGACCCCGCGCGCCCUUCCCCUGCCGCGGGCGCCGGGACACCCCCCCCCCGCUUCCCUCCCUCGCAACCGUAACCAAGGGGCGUGGCUCAGCCCCGCCAGGUGGAAUGUCCCAAGCUUAUGAAUAUUUGGGCGUUCAAAUAAGGCCCCGCCUACGUUGCCAUGGCACUCGGGCCCGCAUCCACGCGGCCGGAAGAACAGCCCUGCGUCCGAGAGAGCGCCAGGCGACGGUGCAGUCCCCAGGGCCGGACCCGGGCGGACCCCGGGCCACACCCGCAGGGAUCAUGAUGCCAGAGUCCAGGGCCAGGUGCAAACAUCUUUGUCUUUAAGGACCAACACCAGGUGCCACCUGGGGACACAUGCUGCCUCUUUGCCCAGAUGUUUGACCCACAGCAGGAGAAGGCAGUUGCCUGCAGGUGGCCAACCCAGCACCCCCAGCUCCCAGCCCUCAUGGGCCUCAGAGGAGGAGGCCUACAGCCAGCACUGCUGACGGAUGAGGAGAAACCCGGAGAGGUUAGUCUUGAAUGGACCCAGCCUGGGACAGAUCCCGGGGGCCUCGGCCAAGCACGGCCAGCAUCCGGGUACGGGAGCUGAGCUGGCAGGGCCUGCGCAACCCCUGCCCGCAAAGCAAGGGCCUGGGCAGCCAUGGGGGCAGCCGCAGAGAACAGCUGGUGGAGCACUACCUGUCCCCUGCCCGGCUGCAGGCCCUGGCCCGGGUGGACGACCUGCAGCUGGUGCGGGUGCUGGAGAUGUGUGUGGACACCCGUGAGGGCAGCCUGGGGAACUUCGGGGUGCACCUGCCCAACCUGAACCAGCUGAAGCUGAACGGCAGCCGCCUGGGCUCCCUCAGAGACCUGGGCACCUCUCUGGGCCGCCUGCAGGUGCUAUGGCUGGCUCGCUGCGGCCUGAAUGACCUGGAUGGCAUCGGCUCCUUCCCAGCACUGAAGGAACUCUACGUCUCCUACAACAACAUCUCCGACCUAAGCCCGCUGUGCCUGCUGGAGCAGCUGGAGGUGCUGGACCUGGAGGGCAACAGUGUGGAGGACCUGGGGCAGGUGCGCUACCUGCAGCUGUGCCCACGGCUGGCCACGCUCACCCUGGAGGGGAACCUGGUGUGCCUGCGGCCGGCCCCUGACCCCUCCAACAAGGCGCCCAGGGACUAUAACUACAGGGCAGAGGUGAAGAAGCUUGUGCCCCAGCUGCAGGUGCUAGACGAGGUGCCAGCCACGCGCCCAGGCCCGCCCGCCACCCUGACGCUGACCCAGGACUGGCUUGUGGUGAAGGAGGCCAUCCAGAAGGGCAGCGUCCUCCCCUGGCUGGCAGAUUGUCUCCGCGGAGCCCCCAUGCAGAGACUCGACCCCGAGCUGUCCCUGCCUGAGACCCAGCCCCGGGCCCCCAGGCCCUGGCCCUUCUCCCUGCUGGUCCCUGGGGGCCCCUUGCCUCAAGGCCUGCUUCCUGAGGACCCAGCCCCGGCAGACAACGCCAGCAAUCUCACUCAUGGCACCUGGGGUCCCAGCAGGAAGGGGCCACAGCCCCCUGGGGCCCACGAAGGGCCCCUGAAGAGCAAGACGACCAGGCUGAGCCCAAGACUCCCUGCAGCCCCCAGAGCCUGGCCUCAGGUACUAAGCCUGCCCGCCCGACCCCAGUGCCUGAGAGUGACCCCACAUCCCUCUGCAAUGCAGGGCCCCCACCUCAGACCGGCAGGAGUCAGCCUGGCCCCCCUUCCUCAGCUGGCUCUGAGAGGGGCUGACAGAAAGGUGCUCCCCUGGGGGUCAGGGGUUCACAACCUGGGAAGGCAAUCCCAGGUCUCCCGUCCCCGAGCCAUGGACCUGGAGACCACCUGGCCUGGACACCAGAGAGACAGGGCAUUCCAGAAAAGGGAACAAGCCAGGUGUGUGAGCAAGCCAAGGCCAGGGUGCCAGCAAGCAGGACGUGCCCGCUGGGCAGUUGUCAGGGGCAGGCACCAGGUGGAGGGAGGCCGCCAGGUCCACUUUAGACCAAGGAGGGAGGGCACCCCCCCUCACCUGAAGACGGGACCUGUCUGGGCUUGGGGGUAUAGGAUUAAGCAGGCAGAGCCCUCUCUGGAGGACGUUGGUGCAAGACUGAACAUAGCUGCAAGGCAGAGAGGGCCCUCGCCCGGCCUGGUGGGCAAGCCUGGGGUGGGGCAGCAGGGGCAGCAGGACAGACAGGAUACGGCAGGCCGAGCCCCUGCCCUUCCACGUGCUGGCUGGUAUCUGGGGAGGGGGCAGAGAGAGGAGCGGGCCCUCAGAGAGUCCAGAGGGCGUAGCGCUGGCUGUCUAGUGGACAAGGGCUGCAGGGGCUGAGAGCGGGCAGGCAGGGCAGCUGCAGCAGGGCAGCCAGGAGGAGGAGGAGCGGCCAGAGUGGUGGUGAGGUGGGGCUCGGGCUCCUACUCCAGAUGCCAGUCCAGGUGGGCACCGGAGGGCCAGGACCAGCUGCCCUGUGCUGGUGGAGCCUCGCUCUCUAUCAGAGGUUUAGGAACUGGCCAGGGGCCACCAGCCUGUGAGCAGGCCCUCAGGGACAGGACCCAGGUGGCCCAAAGGCAGAGCGCAGGCCUUGUGGCCUCUUUGCCUGGUCCAGAAGUG